AACAUUAUUGUGUUAAAUAAAGAUUGUACACGUGAUUUAAUCCAUAAAUAUGUAAUUCGUGUUUGAAUACUAGACAAAGUUAAUAGAAGUUGAUAAUAAAUUAUUUUGACGUUUUAUAUUAAAGUCCUUGAUGAUUUGAAACUAAACAGCUGAUUGAGUGAUGACAGAUGUUUCUAAUCUAUCAAAAAUAGAUAUAAAUAUUUAAAUCGUGACAGUUAUUUUUUUUUUUUUUCUAAUAAUAAUAAUGACUUCCUUCUAUAGAAUAGCCUGUGGCACACGAUUAUGGCAAAUUGACGUAUGGUACAAUCAGAUAGAAAUGAAACAAAGAACAAUUAUAUACAUAUAUCCAAUUUUCUGUUAAAUAACGACGUUAUACAGUGAUUAUCAGAUGUAAUAAAUAUCGCUAAGUCAUGCGAAUAAAAGUUAAUCUCAACAUCAUUGUCAAAAGUUUUUAAUAUGAUUUUUUAAAAGGAAUUGCAAUUAUAAUAAUAAAAAAACAUAUAAUUUUAUAACAUAAUAUAAAUUUGAAAGACAAAAACAUGGCAAUAGUAACAGGAUGGAAAAGUUAUGUGACUGUACAACUACCAGCAAUGAUGGUGAUAUGUGCCAUAUCUAUGUUAGGUGCUAUUAUGACAGAAUUGGUAUUGUAUCGAACAUGUACAAUCGUAUUAAAUAUUAACGAGACUGAAUGUUUAUUAUUAAAAAAUAAUGGAAGUAGCAGUGAAGCACUUAAAAUAAAUGAGUUGGUACAACCAGUAAUAUAUAAAUUUAACAUAUUUAGAUCGAUGAUUGAAAAUCUUUUACCCACUAUUUUGUCCUUUUUUGUUGGACCAUGGAGCGACACUUAUGGAAGAAAACCUCUCAUAAUAACAAGUCUUCUUGGAUAUACAUUAGGAUUUUUUCUUCUAUCGUUGAUGAGCUCGUGGCAAUUAAAUCCUUGGUAUUUCUUGUUUGCCUAUAUACCUAUAGCAUGUUUCGGUGGAUUAUCUUUUUUCUUGUUAGCUUCUUUUAGUUAUAUUACUGAUAUUACUUCAAAAGAAAAUAGGACGUGGCACUUGACUUGCUUAGAUGUAUAUAUUUUAUUUGGACUUGUAAUUGGUAUAUUUAUUGGUCCUUUCAUGUGUAAAUAUUUUGGAUACGCAUUUGUAUUCGGUAUUGCAGCUGUAUUAUCUUUCUUAGCUAAUUUAUUUGUAAUAUUUCUUGUACCUGAAACAAUACAACGUACUUCAUCGAUAAAUUUAAGUUCUUUGUUUGAUAAGAAACAUGUCCUCAGUCUUAUUAAUGCUUGUAGAAGAAGAAAUGGAUUUGAUCGUUUUCUCGUACUGUGUUGUUCACUUUAUAUACUUUUAUACGUAACAGCUGUAGAGGGUGAUAUGACUAUUAUAUUUUUAUUUACCAAUGCAAGACUUGGUUGGGAUUCAACUCAAUAUUCAUAUUAUAUGAUGACCAAUGUUAUAUUAGGUGGAAUUGGAUCUUUAAGUGGAAUCAAAAUAUUCUCUUCACUGUUAGGUUGUUCGGAUAUUGUUAUAGUUAUUUUUGCUACAUGUUCAUCUUUAAUCGGUGCUAUUAUUAAAUCAUUCGCAUGGCUACCAUGGCACAUGUUUUUGUCUAUUACAAUAUCAAUGUUUGGUGGUCUUGGUGGACCAUUAAUUCGUUCUACUGUAUCCAAAUUAGUUCCAUCUACCGAUACAGGUAAAAUAUUUUCAUUAAUCACAAGUAUUCAAAUGAUUACACCAAUAUUUGCGUGUGGCUUAUAUUCAACAAUUUAUACCAAAUAUUUACCACCGAUAUAUCCUUCUCCUGUAUGGUUAAUAUCGUGUGCUCUUUUUAUUUUCUUGAUAAUAUUAUCAAUUCUUAUCCAUGUUCGUAUUUUAAGAACGAGUGGUCAACAAUAUAUUGAAAUAUCGCAAGAAAGCGAAUAAAGGUAUGUUACAAUUGAUAUUUACAUAUUUAAAGGUGCUAUUUAAAAGUGCUAUUUAUAAAAUAAUAUAAUUAAUAGAUUUAUUAUAU